CCCAUGCUGGUUUCAUGUGUUAUCUUCCAUCUCCCCCUGUUCCCUAGUUUAUCCCCUCAUUGGAAUCUGCAGUUGAGCAGUGAGAGGCAGCAGCCUGUCUGAGAAGACUUUGUGUGGUACAGACUGAGGCCUGGCCUGCAACUAGACAUGAUUCUGUACCUUGAAUUAUUUCACUCACCAUUAAUUCAUCAAAAGGUCUUUAACUGUUUUUGCUUUUUUUUUUAAGCUCCAUGGAUUUAUUAUCCCAGCAUGUAGAAAGACUGCAGAAAUGUUCUCUGUGCGCUAUAAACAGUCUCUUCUUUCCUACUCAGAGUUCCUACUUAGAGUUUCCUGCUCUGAGUCUCUGUAUGUUCGUUUGUCCUGGGAGGUUGUCCAGUCCCCGCCCAGAGGCCUCCUUUCCCUGAUAGCAGCAAAAAGGUGGUCCUUUACUUGCUGGCUUCAGAGGCCUGUGAGAGCCACAGCCAAGCUCUGCAGGCCACCACCACACUGUGGACUGUCCUCAUCGUUGUGGACUGUCCUCAUCUUCCCCUGAAGGUGGACCAGGCCGCUUCUGGUUUGGGGUGUGUUUUGGUGAGUGCAUGAGUCCAGACAGUGCUAAGAGUAAAGGAAGUCUUUGUUCUGCCCUAACCUCAGCAGGAAUACAUCUUAGGCAAUAGACAUAUUCAUGUCAAGCUCUGGAUUGUAUUGAAGAAAAGCCUGUACUUGCUGACAUUGCAUCAUCCCAGUAGAGCAGAAAAAAGCCUGAGCUUCUCUGAUUGUGUCCAGUCGUUGGUGACUAAUUUACGAGCUCCAUGUGCUCCCCGGGGCCAUUUUCUUCGUUCUCGCCCUGGUGGCCUUUGUGAUUUGAUUUCUGAGCAGGCCAUUCUUUCCAACCUGCCAUUCCUUCCAGUAAGCAGAGAGCUUAAAGUUCAAAUUGUUGAUUUAAUUCUCUUGAGGAGUUCAAGAACUUUGCUGUGGCUUUGCUGCAUCUACACUGCUGAAUCCUGGCUGUGUCACCACUGAUUCUAUCCAGGAAUGGGCCUGUCCACGGGGAAGACACGCUGCACUUCAUCCAGUGGUGCUCCCCAUGGCCUUCUGAGCCACUUUGCUCGUUCAGGCGUUGACUGUUAACAGUACACAAGGCAAAAGAAGCCCGAAACAACCACCUCCUUUGUCUCAAUGCCAGCACCAAGGCACUUGGCCUUGCUGCAGGAUUUGGGAAAUGAUACACCGCCUUUCCUGGCAUCUCCCAAACUUCAAGGAGUUCUUUUGCAUUCAUGACAUGUACUCUUUCUCCUCAGCAAUAUUUUCAUUACCUUUUUUUAAAUUUAGCUGGGUUAAAACCAAAACUGGAGGCAGUUAAGUUCUUGUGCUUGGAUGUGGUGGAAUUAGAACCUCUCAUCAACGGUGUGAUGAUACAGAACUUACAGUGUAAACUAGGAGACUGAAUACAUUUACCUUUCUAUGUCAGCUGAGCCAGGUCUGGAUUUUCUCUUUAAAGACAACAGAAACAGCCUCAUUCUACAUUUUUAUCCCUUCCUAGGGAAAUCCCAUUGUUAACUGGCCUCCAAUAUAAACAGUGCUCAAUCACAUUGAGCCCAGAGGUAUGUACUCAGGACCAGGGCUCCUAAGCAUUUCAGCUCUCCAGUGACUUGAGCCUGGAUGGUCGGUCAUGUGGGCCCCAUAGAUGGCACGUCCACAGAAUGGCGAGGCUGUGGGCACUGUGUGCUCAGAGUGGUUGAUGUGGUUCUCAAAGCACUCUUGAAGGUGAGUGUUGUCGUCACUUUGCAAGUGAGGAUGCAGAGGCUUGCAGUGGCUAAGGGGCUCACCCAGGGUCACCAGUCUGAACUGGAUCCCAGGGCUAUCUGGCACCACAGCCCAAGCAAGCUGUGUUGUCAUGCUGCCUCCUUACAGAGUGCUCGCUGGUAGAGGAUGAGGGCUCAUUGCCCUAACUCGAGAUGCUUUUGCAUCGUCUCCCUCAACCGAGCCCUGUUUUCAUUGUGUCUGCCUGUUCGAAUGAAACAGAGAAGAUGAGUGGUGGGAGCUGGUACUUUCUGGCUUUUCAAGGGAGAUUUGCCUCCUGCCUCUUACUGUCCCUCACGGAGAAAGGGGCUAAAGUUAGUGGGUGCCUUCUCCCCAACACCCAGACCUGGCAUUAGCAGACCUAAAUCCCAGGCUUCCUGGUAGAGAGUCAUCAGGCACACCUACAAAUCACAGAUCCUUGUCUGCAGUCCUUUAUGAUGCUGAGCCCCAGAUGAGAAUUAAAGGAAACACUAUUGACAAUUAUAAACUACUAAAUAUAGAACAGUACAUUUAAAAAUGGACAAUGGUAAAAGCCUUGAAAAAUUUUUCUUUGAUGUGAAUGGAGUUUUUGGCAUUUGGAAAUACAAUAAGAUGAAUUAAUUGCUACUCAUUACAUGUCAAGUCAGGAGAAGCAUGAAUGGGCCUUCUCUCCUUGGCAUUAGCCAUUGCCCGCCUGAAAUAGGCCCUUUUGUAUUUACUCCUGCUUUCUCUAAUAAUAAGCAAAUUAGAGAUCAUGGCUAGAAAAAUUCAAGUGCCCUCCAUCCUUUCUCCAAGCCAUCAUAGACUCUUAUGAUGUUUAUCUGCUUAAGGGCUACUGCUAAUAAUUGCAGAGGUCAUGUGAAUCCACAUAGUGCAAGAUUAGAAACAACAUCUGCAAAAUUACUUCUUAGGAAAGUAUUGUUUUGUCUUUUUCUGAAAAAGUGAUUUUGCAAGCAAAUUGCUAUCUUUCCUCUCAUGUGCUAUAUUUUUAUAUUGCUGAGAGAAGUAUAUUUGGAGAAGAACACUUAAUAGCUAUCCGAAGUUUUUGUAUCCAUGGUCUUUUUUAUUUUUGACUGUACAUAUUUUUCCUGAUGUAUUGGUGGGCUUCCAUAUGAAGAAAUUAGAUUGGAGUCUUUAAAUUCUGAAAUGAUGGCCCCUGAAUAAGCAGGAGUAUAUUGAUUUAGUAUGCUGUUCAUUCAGAUUUCAUAUGUAGCCACUAUAAUAUAGUACAUGCGAGCAUGCGCCAUUUUAUAUUAUCUUUAAAAUGUGUUUAUGAUUAAUGCCUAAAAAUUAUGAGAUAAUUGAUUCCCCAGAAUAUUUAAAAGCUGAGAAAACAGAGGGGGGAACAAGAGUCCCCUACUUUCCAGAGACUGAUUCAUAAAAUCUCCCUGAGUUUGAAGAGCGCACCACUCCAGCCAUGUGCAUCUGUGAUAGGCUGCCUUCCUGUCAUGGAUAUCACCUGAAGACAUUUUCCAAACAUUGUGUACAUUUCAGCAGCAAGAAGAAGGUAGUCAGCUGAUCCCAGAGUUGUAGUGGCAGCCUUGCUCUGCUUCAUGAAAUAUGAAAGCCUGUUUACUUAGUAACAAUAACAGUUUGAAAGGCUUCAGGCUGAGAAGUUUAUGUCUGCCAUGGCCUGCUGGACCCCGCGUGGCAGAGGUAGUGAGGCCGUUGACAGCGCGGUAUGCCAGGAAUGGGGCAGGAAGAGAGUCGAGUGGGUACUGAGACGUGCACCCUGCCUUGGAGUGCUUCGUCUGCCCUCAGUCUCAGGUCACAUGGGCUGUUUGUUCUUAGCACUCCAUCAACAGUCUUAGACCCAUGUUUCCUGCUCCAUAAAUAUUUUCCACAUUCCAGGUUGUGGGUUUGAGUUUGGGUUUGGUUGGAUAAGGGAGAUAUGCCUUUUCUUUCCCCACUUUGGCUUUUUAUGGCCUCAUUCUUUAUAAUCUUAGGAAUAGAAGGGCUUAAAAUCAGUAAAAAGGAGUGAAUAUGAAGUUGUCCACGCUUUUUCCUAGGACACAUUUUUCCUCGUGCAUACUCGUAUGUACACAUGCAUACACUCAGUAUUUUCUGUAAUCUAAGACAUCAUAGACGAUAACUCAGUAUUGACUUAAUAACAGUUUUUCAAGAUAAAACAAUGUGCUCAUCCUUUGUAAAUCUCUUCCACAUCUCAGAAAUAUUAGUGUGAAAACAUCUUAGAAUAAAAUUAAUGUGGUGUACAAAUGUAGCAUAUAUUUUUGAUUUUACUUAAGCUACUGUUGUUUGGAUGGAUUAGCGACACCCCCACCCACACCCCCCUUUAUUCUGGGGGUAAGUGGUGAUGAUAGGGUGGAACGUUUAAAAGUCCAGGAUAUUAGACUAGAAUGACACAGAGAUGCCGUUUAGUCAGGUCUGACACUGAGAGUUAUAAUUUCUUCAAAGCCAGGCAUGUAUCUCUAGGCUGAAAAUGACAAUUUAGACAUCCUUCAAUUGAAAUCUCUCAGCUAGGUGUACUCCCAUUUCAGAAUAAGUAGGCCUAUAGCCAGUCUCUCAGUUCUGAUUUCGAGAUCUCCCUGGUGGUGCUUAUUAUCUGCAGGGUUACUUUAGAUUUUAAACAAAUUUUUAAUUUUCCAUCGUAUAUCAUAGGUAGAGGGGAGAUGUUAUAAAAUUAAGUGAGUACUCAGAAUGUCACCACUAAAAAAAGUAAGAAAUAACUGGUGUAGACAUUUUAGUCCAUUUGUAGGAAAUUGCCUAUUCUCAAAUAGGUAGGUCAAGUGCAGAAAGAACCUCUACUUUAGAUAAAAUUUUCUCUCUGCACUUGGCUUUCUCUCUAUUAGGACAGGUGGCCAAGAACUGCCCAAAUUUUAACAUCCUGCUGUCUUUUCACUAGUGGUUUUUCAGCUAUAUGUAUUAAGAUGUAUUUGCUUAUAAUGGAUGUCAAACUCACAGCUAUGAAUACUUUUAGAAUCAGAAGACCUUUAGAAAAUAAAGUACAACUCUUUCCUUUGUAGUUGAAGAAAAUUAGAGUGUUAGGUGAUUUGCCCAAGGUAAUACAGCCCAUUAAUGUCAGGUGGAGGGCAGGUUUGGAACCAGGUCUCCAGACUCCCCAGCACGUACGCCUUUUACUGGCAUAGAGCAAGUUGGUGUGCUCGCAGCAGUUGACUUGCUCUUCUGCUUCUGAACUUCUGUUUUCAUUUGGGUACCUGGUGGAAUGCUGGGUAAUAAGAGAGUCAAACCUGACUUUAUUUAACAAAAGAAAAAGACCGUAUUCUGAAGUGUCUGGAGCUAUGUGACAUAAAUGGCAAAGGUGGUGACUUUUCUCCUUUCCUCAUUGACUGAUUACCCUGUUAGAAAAGAAAAGUAUCAAACUUUCGUGAACGUUUUGAAGAACUUUUCAAUCAGCCUAGCAAAGGGAAACAUCUCAAGCAACUCUAAUAGAGUAAGAGUGGGUUGUGGAGAUGUAGGUACUUAUUUCCAUGUGGACCUGGACUUAAUGAUUCCUGGUCACUGCACCCAAGUGUGCACAGACGCACUUUGUAUUUGGGCAAGCAGAACCGCCCCUGUCAUCAGCAUUUCAUAAACACAGAAGUCUCAGGUCCGAGAGAGGCCCCAUGACGUACUCUUGGAAUAGAGCCAAGCCCACAGCUCUUUUGUAGUUAUUCUGCACAGUCUGCAUCGGCCAGGCAGACAAGCAGCCUGGGCUGCCAUUUUCUCAGCUCCCCCCGCCUGGGCCCUGGACAGGUUGUAAGGCUUGUAGCUCGCUGGGGAAGGCACCUGUGGUUAUACCUAUGCCAUUCCUUCGGUUUCCUUGAGGGUACUGUUAAUCAUUUUAUUAAGGGUUACAUGACUUGGGGGCUGGGGUCCAAAGGGACUGGUCCAAAGAGAAACCCAUGAGCUUGUAUUGAUGUCAAGGUGCUCUUGACAGAGAAGGAAGGAAGUGUGACUGAGCCAGGUUUCCUGUUCCUUAUACCAGGGUUACCCUCUGAGGGGAUGGCGGGGCAGGUGGCAGGUGGAACUGCAGGACCAGCUAAGGGUAGACUGACGCGCACUGAGGUUUGUACGUGUCAGGCCCAGUUUGGCUGUAGGGCAUUUGCACACACACGGUCAGUUUAUCAUAAAAUUCCACUGACUUCAAUAUUUGCCUUUUUUCCUGGGAUCUCAGUGUCUGAAAUGUUUCAGGCCUUUAAAAAAAGGUGACCUGAGAAAGCUGGCUUCGGGAUAGAACGUUCAGCAGAUUAGCAAAUGGAACUUCAACUCGAAGAAUGCCAUCUGACCAGAGGCAGCAAAGGCAUCACUUCAGUCUCUGGGGACCAAUAAUCCUGCAGGCCUCCAGAGCCCUCCUGGUGUCAUUCAGCUGCAGCAGUGCCCUUACAGAUACUCAUUAUGACCAUGUGUAUCCCCGAAUAGCUGUUAGAUGAGGCUCGUUUUUUCAGUUGAGAGCCAGAGAAGUGUAUGAAAUAUAAAAUUUUAUGCAAACGUUAGGCUCCUUUUCAAGGGUUAAUUUAAGCGUUUUGAAAAUUCACACGGUGCUCCUGGCAGUUAUGGGGCAAAGUGGCGUCCCUACCUUGGGAGCACCUGAUUGAUCUUCCUUAGAACCCUCUAGUACUUGUCUUGUAGGCUUUGAUUUCCCCCCCCCCCCUUUUGGCCUUGCCUUUGGCGCCUCAGCAUGUUUAUUCAUCACCUUUGGGUAAAUCUGUAAACAUUGAAGCCACCUCUCAGCUGGUACUCAGUGUCUUAGCCUGAAGCUUCCCUUGACCUUCACUCUCUGUCUGAACUCUGAAUGACAGCUGGGGAGAGUGCUCUUUUUACUCUGAUGUCACCAUUUUGUUCCUGUUUUGAUGGAGUCUGGGCCUGGGAUAGCUUGCAUAGACCUUGUGCAAGCAGCCAGGACCCUUGACAUGUUUACUGAGUGUGAAGCCCUGCCCCCACCAUCAGGGCCUGUCCCACACCAGGGGCCUGACCAUUUCUCCAUCUGUACUGGGGAAGCCUCAGAACCAGCUCAAAGGAGUUGGGAGUUGCGGUCGUUGAUAAUUGCCCUUUAGAUAGUUACCUGGGUCACACAUUUCUCCUAAAAUGUGAAAAAAAAAAAACCCCACGCUCCUACGCAUUUUAUUGUACCCAAGUGUCAUGUGUUUGUAUACGUAUAUAUUUUUUAACUAAGAAGAAAAAUAACCCUGCCUUUGUAACGCAAUCCUUUUAACAAAUUGUUUAUUGUUGUAUCCAGGUAACAAGCAUGGAUCAGACUGCAAAGGAUAAGGCCCUGCAGCACAUGGCCGCCAUGUCGUCAGCCCAGAUCGUAUCAGCCACUGCCAUUCACAACAAGCUGGGGCUGCCAGGGAUCCCACGCCCCACCUUCCCAGGGGCGCCGGGGUUCUGGCCGGGAAUGAUACAAACAGGACAGCCUGGAUCCUCACAAGACGUCAAGCCCUUUGUGCAGCAGGCCUACCCUAUCCAGCCAGCGGUCACAGCCCCCAUUCCAGGGUUUGAGCCUGCGUCAGCCCCAGCUCCCUCGGUCCCGGCCUGGCAGGGCCGCUCCAUUGGCACAACCAAACUCCGCCUGGUGGAGUUCUCAGCUUUCCUCGAACAGCAGCGAGACCCAGACUCGUACAACAAACACCUCUUCGUGCACAUUGGGCAUGCCAACCAUUCUUACAGUGACCCAUUGCUCGAAUCCGUGGACAUUCGUCAGAUUUAUGACAAAUUUCCUGAAAAGAAAGGUGGCUUAAAGGAACUGUUUGGAAAGGGCCCUCAAAAUGCCUUCUUCCUCGUAAAAUUCUGGGCGGAUUUAAACUGCAGUAUUCAAGAUGAUGCCGGGGCUUUUUACGGCGUGACCAGUCAGUAUGAGAGUUCUGAGAAUAUGACAGUCACCUGUUCCACCAAAGUUUGCUCCUUUGGGAAGCAAGUAGUAGAAAAAGUAGAGACGGAAUAUGCAAGGUUUGAGAAUGGCCGAUUUGUAUACCGAAUAAACCGCUCCCCGAUGUGUGAAUAUAUGAUCAAUUUCAUCCACAAGCUCAAACACUUACCAGAGAAAUAUAUGAUGAACAGUGUUUUGGAAAACUUCACAAUUUUAUUGGUGGUAACAAACAGGGAUACACAAGAAACUCUCCUGUGCAUGGCCUGUGUAUUUGAAGUUUCAAAUAGUGAACAUGGAGCACAGCAUCAUAUUUACAGGCUUGUAAAGGACUAACCGUGGUUAUUUAUAUAUAUAGAUAUCUGUAUAUACACACACACAUAUGUGCACACACACACACACUCUCUCCAUGAUCGAACGACUGACUGUAAACCUCACCACACAGGGGUGCUGCCCUGGCCCUGAGGUCACCCCAACUUUUCUAAAUCCUGUUUGACUGAAGUCAUUUUUUCAUGUGUUCAUACUCAUUAUAGCUGUGAAGUUCUGGUACAGUUGUAAAAAGAGAAAUCGAGUUGUUUCUGUGUGUUAUUCAGAUCCACAGCCCACAAUUCCUCAGAAAGGUGAACCUUAAGAACCCAAGUCUCUGUCUGCAGAGACCUGUUUCUCGUUGUGGUAGAAAAAAAAAUUAAGACAGAGCAUUUACCAUUGGACAUUUACAGCCUUUAUACAAAUGUAUUUAGUGUUUUUUUUUUUCCAACAUAAAAUUCUUGUUUUAAGAUACAAGUAAAAUUAAUCUUUAAAUAUAAAUGUAAAUUAGUACACAAAACUAAGAAUCUUUAGACUUAUCUUUGUAACAAAUUAGGGUGGAAGUUAUGAAAGAAUGUAAUUCACUAAAUUAUUUUUUAAAUGAAACUUUUCCUUCUUUUUGAAACCAAAUGUUAAAAUAUAGCCUUAAGAAAUGCUUGGUAGAAAUAUCCUAAUGAGACAAAUUUGUACUUUUUUCCUCGAGGUUAAAACUAAUCUCCUAAUCCAUUAAACUCUUGAAACAGCUAUUACAGAGGAAGAAAACUUCACCCCUUAUCCUUAACAUAUAUAGUAUAUUUAAAAAAUAUAAAAUUGUAUUGUACUAAUGUGAUGAUUAUUUAAUGAAAAAGAAAAGAUGGCUCUUUUUGCAAUAAGUAGAUAAAUACUGAAAAUCUAAACUUACAAUGUUUAUAGUCUUGUGUGUGCAGUUAUAUUUUAUAUGGACAACCAAAUUUUUUAUUAAGAUGAGUAAAUAUUUGAACCACUGAAAUUUAAUAACAAAAAUUUAAAAUUGGGAUGAAUACUGCACUGUGAGCUGCAAAUUAUAGAAAACCCUGUGGCUGGGAGAAAUUUCAUCAACCAAACUCAUAAAAGGCUCAUCAGUUUUAGGAUCUCUGCUCCCCAGAAAAUCACAAGCAUGCUCACCAGCCUGUGGGUAAAUUAUUUCUGGUGAUCCAAUAUGCAUAUUAACCUGCCGUAACUAUAUGUGUACGUGUGUGUUUGUGUGUACAUAUAUACACAUAUACAUAUAUAGUUAUUCAACACAUAUUUAUUGAACAUCUAUUCAGUGUCACUCAGUUUUCUAGGUGCUGAUAUGUGUGUAUUUCUCAAGUCUGUGUCCGUAGAUCUAGGUGUAUUCGCUAAGGACACGCGUUUCCUUGACAUCUCUCAAUAAGUCACAAUGCUUAUUUGACUGAGGUUGAAGAGGCUCAGCUAUCUAUCUCUGCCCUUUCCAAACAGGCACAUUUGGGAGGUUUUCUUCCUAGGAGGAAUUCAACUUUCCAACCCAAAUAUUCCAAAGCAUUGUCCAGGCAGUCUGUUUGAUGUGGCCACAUGUCUUGGGUUAUUUCCAUAAGUGCUUCAUUGGGAAGGGGACAGGGCAUACUCCCCAACUUCCUGGAGGAAAGUGACGUUUUUUAUAAUUGUCAGGAAUAGGUUAACACUAUUAGAACAUAAAAUGUUUUGUAAGUUGUGAAACAUGUCAAGACUUUUACGUCAAGCCAGAAAAUGAAAACUUUGUUCUGUCACAUUCAAAUAACCUACACACCCACUUCCCUGUCCCACCACCUGCUCUGACCCUGCUUAUAUAUUGAUUAGUAUCUGGUGGUCAUGAGGGUGUGGCUGGCUCAUGGCAAACAGAAGAACCAAGCCUGACCUCUCCCAAACCCAUGACCCUGGUCACUGGGAAGACCAAAGGAGAGAGCGCAGAACUUUCCCCUUUUGGAACACACAUCCCUUACAUAAGCCAGUAGCAUGGUGUGUAUCUUCCCUACGUAAAGAGACUACAGUUUGUUCCCUGAUUCCAGGUGGACCUUUGAAGAAUUGCCCUAGUGGCCCACCCUUCUAUCUGGUCUUCGGCCCAAGCAUUAAGCUUCUUCCUUGGUCAUAUAUUUAUGACUUCUCUUGGUCACCCCUCUUAGGGAUGCUUCUUUGGCUCCCAUCUCCUGUGUCUUUACUCAAGGUGUUACCCCCAGUCUCUCAGGACCAAGGGGCGCAAAUGAUCUUAUGUGGCUAAAAGCCACGCCAUCCCAGAACUUCAGGGCAAGAGGUAUUUGGUUCACGCUUUCUCCCAGGAAUGGGGCUCUUCGGUACUGCCAGGAGGGCUCUGAGGAUUUACUUUUUUCAGAGCGCAAAUAGAUCGAGACCCAAGAACACCAGCUAGAGGGUAGUUCUUCUGGCUGCAGAGAAGGGCAUACCCUGGUCUGCUGAACUCACAGAGUUAGGCUGGGCCCUCUGAUGCUUGCCUCUUCCUCCGAAUGCCUUUGUAGUUGAGUUUGGGGGUUUACAUGGAUGAACUUGAGGAUUGCUCUUUGCUCUUAAAACAAGUUUACUUCUUGUCUUGUCCUUCUAAAGAUUUCUCCAGGGCAGAUAUUCUCCCUGUCUUAACCACUGGUCCAACCUCUUAGCCCUUUCUCUGUCACUCCCAAAUUAGACCCUGGGAUUAGAUUUGUGUUAGAACAUCGAAUCCAAGUCUGUUUUUGGUCCUUCACCCUUUAUGGCAGAGUCUCCUCCCUUCGUAAAGCUUUCUGUACCAUAAAGAAGCCUUUCCAGAGCUCUGUCCUCACUGCUCUUUGCUGGGUGCUCUAUCUCCUGGUUGACCCUCCACUACCAGGAUCGAUUCAGGGACAUCUUGUGCUUUCAUUGGAGAGUUCAGAGGCCACUUUCCGCAGCCUAAAUAGGGAGAAGUUGAAGAACUGGGCUUUGGUCUCUUGGUAUUCAUUUUCAUCUUAGCAAGAGACCUAAAUAAAGUUGGGGCUUUUCCAAAACAUGUCCUAGAAUCCCAGAACGUCUAAGCUACCAUAGGCCAGGGUUUCUCAACCCUUUCUCGACACUGUUGACAUUUGGACCGGAUAAUUCUCUGUGGUGCAGGGCUGUCCUGUGCAUUGUAGGAGGUUUAGCAGCAUCCCUGGCCUCUGCCCACUAGAUACACCUUUCCCCAGUUGUCACAACCCAAAACGUCUCCAGACAUUGCCAAAUGUGCCAUGGGGCACAGAACUGCCCCUGGUUGAGAACCAGUGCCCUGCAUCUGACAGGUCACAAAUGCCAUAUUUGAGGUUUUCUUUCUCCUUCCAUUUUACCCUGAGAAAGCUUCUCUCUUGGGAGCCUUGUCUCAGGCCAUCAAGAGACAGGUAGGAAUAUUACUCAAAUGAUAUUGUGUCCAUGUUUCUUCCUGUUUCAGAACUUCUAUUUCACAACAGAAUCUCUCUGCUACAAGUAUUCUUUCCUUCCUCCCUGGGAAAGUUGGGGACAGCUGGCCACCAUCAUCCCUAUAAUCAACUCACACCUAUUUAAAGAGCAUUUCUGAUUUGCUCUUCGUUGCUUAUUUUAUCAGGUUAAAGAAAAUCCCACCCAUUUUUAUGAUUUCUCCUAAGGUUAUAGUUCUCAUUAUCAAACCUUUAAUCAUUUCAGUACAUUUCCUCUGGUCUUCUACUUUUAGCCUUGCACUCAUUGCUUUUUUGUAGAAUUUACAGAGACCUCUGGGACAUUUCAUCUUUAAGGAUGGUGGAGAGAGGGAUUCAUUUCGGAAGAGGGCUGAUCGAAUUUUCCUUUAUCGAGCUUUAGGAAAGCACAGUCUUCAGGCAUACCUCAGAGCUAGCGCGGGCUCAGUUCCAGAGCACCACAAGAAAGCAAAUAUCACAGUAAAGCGAGUCACACAGUGCAUAUAAAAGUUAUGUUUACCCUAUAUUGUCGUCUAUUAAGUGCAAUAGUAUUAUGUCUAAAAAAAAAUCAGUACACAUACCUUAGUGAAAAAAUAUUGCUAAAAAAUGCCGGAACAAUUACAAUAGAAACUUGAAGGUCACCAUAAAAAAUAUGAAAAUAAUAAAAAAGUUGAAUUAUUCUUCAAUUAUUAAUUAUUGCGAGAAUUAUCAAAAUGUGACACAGAGACGUGAAGUGAGCAAAUGUUAUUGGAAAGUGAUGCUGGUAGACUCGUUUGCCUUAGGGUCGCCACAAACCUUCAAUUUUUAAGAACUGCGAUAUCUGUGAAGCACAAUAAAACGAGGUAUGCCUGUGACCUCCAUUUUGUAGAUGAGAAAGUUGAGGCCCAGAGGGGAGAUGACUUGCCCAAAGUCACCCAGCUGGUCAGUGACAGAUUAAGAGUAAGGCUCUGGGACUCCUGACGCUUAAUCCUUGGCCUCUUGGCGGGGGUCGUUCCUCUCUGGUGCUCAGGGCGGAAGAGAGAGGGAGGUUAAGACCCCCUUCCUCUGCCAGAGCGGCAGCAUCUCCUGGUGGUGACGCUGCUUCUCUCCCUGGAGCGUCAUGUCUGGGAGGCAUGCGCGAGCAGAUAGGAAAGCUGAUGAGCCUUUUGCUUACCCUGAGGACAGUUCACCUGCCACAGGCUCUGAGUCAAAUUUCUCUUCACAAAGCAUCCCAGCAGCAAAGUCCCACGCUCGGACCAGCCAAAAAACAGCCCCCGUGCCCAGAACUUGGUGUUACAAACCCAAGUCUUCUCUAGGUCUCAAGACUCUAGUGGCUUUUGCAGUUUGUUUUUGUACAAACGUAAGUUAUUUAAAUCACACAAGAUGACAGUCAACUUUUCAAACCAGGUACCGAUAACUUGUAUGAUUUUUGUCUAUGCUCUGGUACACUACACCUGUUCUAACGAAGGGUAGAACCAAUUUUGUGUGUUGGUGUUCACACCUGUGACAUUAAGAGGAUACGUCUGCAUUGCUUCUUUCUUUCUGUUGAUGUUUCUGUGGCAAAACCCUGCACAUGUCAUUUCUGAAAAGCCUUAAAUCUUUGCGAUGUUGCGUGUAGGGUUUGCAGUGCAGAAGGCUGCCUCGGAACUGUGAGCCCUUUUGUAAGCUGGAAGCAUUUCUCUUACUACUGUUAACUUUUGUAGGAAGUUUUCAAUUCAGAGCUGCCAAAGCGUUCAGUAAGCAGUGCCUUAGUGAUACUUAGUCGUGCCGCCAGCCUUUUCUCACACCAGUUCUCGAUGUCCCUUUACUGAUCGGCAUGGUAUUUAAAAUAGAGCAAGCAAGCGUUGUUUUCAUUUUUGUUUUGUAAGCCCAUUUUUCUCCAGUUCUAUUGGAAACUGACUUCUUGGUCUGAAAUCUGAAAUGAACAGAAGUCAGUUCAUUGACCACACUGUCAAAUGUCUAUACCAAAAUGGAAGGUUUUGCAACUUCGUAGUUUACUAUGAAAAGCAAAUUGUAUACUUUUAAUGUUGCCUUUUAAAUUCAUGACCAAAUACUUAGCUAUUUGUGAAUCUUCUGCACUCUAGCAUGAAAGUGCCUUUGGUUUGAGAUUCCAGCUUAGAAAAGUGCUGCCAUAAUCACGAUAAUUUGUAGAGAGACCAAAAAUAUUCUGAGAUCACCGUAAUGCCUUUGGUUUACUGGGAUAGUAACCAACCACAGGCCUCCAUUCACAAGAGCACGACGCGGACCCUGCCUGCUGCGCGGUCUGUCUGCCGUGGGGGAGCCCCUGCCACCCAUGCCCCCGGGGCGCACAGCGGCAGGAGGGCCCCCAGGAACUGGUGUGUUUGUGCGCCGUGACCCCAUGCGCCAUCUCCGCCCGUCACCCAGCCCUGUGUCCGCCUGAGGGAACUUGCACACAAACCGCAGACUCUCGGCCGGUGGACAGAUUUGUCCUUCUUAUGCUCACGUUCAGUCUGUGGAGGCCUGCCUUUCCACUCAGACGACAGCGCGCACUUCCGGUUUACGCAGUGAUACCGUUCUGAAAGUUGGAAGCCUCAAACUGAGAUGACAGUGCAGAACAAAAAAUGGGUUAGGGUCAUUACAAUUGAAGUGUUCUUCUUAGGGCGAAAAUGUUGACUCUGAGUGUUGUCUGAAUGCGCUAUGAGAAACUUCCAAAGAGCACCACUCACGAUUCGGAAUUUUCGAAGAAUGUUCCAGCCCUCCAAAGGGCAACUCUUUAGAGUCCGUGCUGGCUUUUAUCAAAACCUUGUGUAAAUUGGGAAAAUUGAUAGAGGGGAGGAAAAGGAGUGAAAAGGAUGAGAAGGCAAAAAACACGAGCCAAACAAAAGCCAGGACAAAAAGACUUUUCUUUAACCAAUAUAGACUUUACAGUGACAUUAGACAUCUUUGAAAGUUAGCCUCUGAAUGCGAUGGUCCGUCUGUCUCUACCUGGUGUCUUUAAGAAUACCCUCUUUGGGCUGUCUGAAAUUUCAGGAGUGAUUUCUAUCCACACCAAGUUGUGAGUAUUCGUAGAAAUUUCUACAAGAAACAAAAAAAGUUAAAUGAAAAGGAAAAUUGCUCAGCACAAGUUAUAGUUAGCUGCUUGAAUUCAGCCCCUCCCUGUCGUGGCAGGACUACACCACAACUUGGAAGAAAUUAAUCAAAUGUUUGUUUUCCUGUUUCCCUUUUCAACUGUUACUGUGCUUUCUUUGGCAAUAGUUUUCUCUCAUUAACUCAUUACUUAUAUCCUUAAGAAUGAAGGUUUUGUGUUUAAAAUUGCAUUGCAAAGGAUAGUUUCACUGAAGUCAUGCACCAUUAAAUAAGAUGAAAUAUUUGUCUUUAUUGUUCUACUUCCUAAGCCGUAAACUUGUUUUAUUCUCUGUGAAUUUGCAUUGAGUCUGUUAUAUGCCCCACUCCAUCAUUUUAGCAUUUGAAAUAGCAUUUACGUUCCCUCUCGUUCAUCAUGAAAUGGGGGCAGAUUCCAGGAGAUUCCACUUCUAUCAUGUUGGCUCUCUGUUGUCUGCCUUCCAUUAUGAAAUUGUCUCCCCUUCCCCUUUUUCUGAAAGAGGCUGACAGAAUCUAGGUGUAAAUCAAUUGGAAACCAGUCUCUGGUUUUCUCCCUCCCUCCUUCCCUCGGUCCCUCCCUCCUUCCCUCGGUCCCUCCCUCCUUCCUUCCUUCCUUCCUUCUCUUUUCUUUUUUGCAUCAGUCAUUUUCUGUGAUUAGUUUCACCGUGUAAAUUAGAUAUUAACUGCACUUCUUUAAAAAAAAAAAAACCAUCUCCCUGUUACCUCCUUGAAAGAGUCACUUCUGUAGGCCUUUUUCAACAGGCUCAUGACUGCAGAUAAGGAAAAAAAAAAAAAGUAAAAACAAAAACUAUGUGCCUAAAAAAAUGACAAAAAAAGUUUUGUAACAUUUAAAAAAGAAACCUGAAUAGCCUUUAAUUCUUUAAUAUGCUUAAAUUUUAUGUAAAUCGGUUUUUUGCCACGUGUGUUUGUUCACAUUCUAAAUGGCUUAAUGGGAUUCUCACAGUCUGUCUUCGAGUCACGUGUAUGAAAUGGGCUUGUGACGUAAGCGUUUCAUCUGGUCAGUGGUUCCUUUGAUAUUGUACUGCUGCUGUGAGUGGGCUGGGGAGCCUGCCUUUAGGCAGUAAGGUUCCUCUUGGGUAGAUUGGAGAGAUGGGGGGAUGGGGGCAAAUUCUCACAUACGUUUUCAUAACCUGUUUGCAGAAACUUUGAAAAGGCGUUUGGUUAAACCUCUUGGCAGUACAGUAUUCUUGUAUUUGUUAACGUCUGUGUUUAGGUACUGGUACCUUUUUGUUUAAAAAUGUUCUAAGUGUUGGCUUUAAAGUGAAUUUAUCUUUAGUAUGAUAGUUAUAUGAAAAUUAUAGGGUUUGUGUGCAGAGAAUUUUUUUAUAAAGUGCUUUGUAUAAAAAAAAAUGUAUUCUAGCUUUCGCGGUACAUAUGUGUGAUAACUGUAAUAUCCAUGACAGUUAAGUGCAAUUAUUUCAUCACUCUAAAAAUGCUAUUUUUGUGUCAGUUCCUGCAGGUGUUUUCAUGUCUUUGCAAAGUGACACAUUUUGAUGCCUUCUUGAUAAAGUGGUAGACAUUUUGUAGCUUUCUAGAAACUUUGUAUUCAUACGGUAUCAAUGAAAAAUAAAGAAAAUGAAAGUGUG